AUGACUUUAGAAAAUUUCAAAAUUCAAGGUAUUAAAUGCCCAAUUAUUCGAUUCACUCUAAAUAGUAUGCCAGCCAAAUAUAUAAUUGCAAAGGCACAGAAAUAUGGAUAUUUUAACAAUUAUAAAAGAUUUCAUUUUAAUGAAGAAACAGUGUCCUUAAUUACUGGAGGUGCCAAUGGUCUCGGUUCUGAAAUUGUUAAGUUGUUGCUCACAAAACCUUCCAGAAAGAUUAUUGUGGUUGACGUCGUGCCGCCAAUUCCUGAAUAUUUAAAUAACCCAAAUAUCCUUUUCCUUAAGUGUGAUAUUUCGGAUGAAGGACAGGUUAAACGGUUAUAUGAAAAAGUUAUUGCAGAUUUUGGGUACAUAUCCAUUCUUAUCAAUAAUGCUGGAAAGACAACAAUCGAGACUAUCUUUACCACUGAAGAUAAUCAAAUUGAUAGUGUAAUUAAUAUCAAUUUUUUGGGUGCAUAUUACCUGACAACCUUAUUUUUACCACACUUAUUAGAAAAGAUGUCUGGCUGUAUCGUAAACGUUUCGUCCAUCCUAGGAGAGACUACUCCUGCAAGAUUAUCAACAUAUGGUGCAUCGAAGGCAACGUUAACAGCAUUUCAUAGACUUCUUACGGAUCACAUUGCAAAAAUUCCUUGCUGCCAUGUAAACACAGUGUUAGUAUGUCCUGGGAAGUUAGAGACAAAAAUGUUCGAGGUUGUGAGCACACCAUCUAAAGUGCUGGCUCCAGAUGUCGACCCUACCAAAUUAUCCUUGGAUAUUAUUAAUGCUAUUGAGUCAAACAAUAGCAGUAUAAUCCGAAGACCUUAUUAUACAAAUCUGUUACCUGUUUAUAACUCGUUAGAUUGGCCAUUUGUAUGGAUGAUAAAACAUAUGAGUGGGAUGAAUAAGGUUACUGCAUUGUAA